GGCGCCGCAGGACUUGCGCCAUGGCCCUCGCGGCCCGCUACGCCCGCGCUUCGCUGGUGCUGCCACUGGUGCUGCAGCUGCUCCGGACCGCCGCCGCCUCUGACACGGUGACCGGCCGCGGCCGGCUCGACGCCUGCGUGGUGCCCGGCUGCAGCUGCCUCGACGGCGGCGCCGACGUCUCCUGCCGCGACGCUGCGCUCGGAGACGCCUUCUUCGACGACGUCGCCGUGUCGCCCGCUGCCACCAGGCUGGAUCUGGCGGGCAACAACCUCACGAGGCUAAGCCGGCAGUUCUUGUCGCAGCUGCCACACCUAGAGGAGCUGAUUCUUUCGGGCAACAUUCUGAACACUAUAGAGCCCAAAGUCUUCUCAGCUAACAAGGCCCUGAAGAGACUGCAGCUGGACCAGAACUCGCUGUGGCAGCUGCCUGGGGAGGCGCUGUGGGGCCUGCGCCAGCUGAAGAACCUCCGCCUGGACGACAACCGGCUCUCCAGCGUGCCCUCGGCUGCGCUGCGCCCUCUCGUCCGCCUGGAGGCCCUGAACCUGGCCAACAACCUCGUGACGUCCAUUUCUGCGGGAGAUUUUCCACGGCUGCCAAACUUGGUUGUGCUAGUCAUGAAGAGGAACCAGAUCACAACUAUCGAUGACGACGCCUUCCAGAAUGUGACUUCUCUGAGAUCUCUGCAUCUGGAUGACAAUUUUCUGCACAAGAUACCCUCUGCACUCACAAGGCUGACUUCUCUACAGGAACUGUCAGUCUCUGGUAACCGCAUCAAAUACAUGCCUGGCGGUGUGCUGCAGCAGGCGCCAGGGUUGGCACUACUGGAGCUGAGGGGGAAUCCCCUGGUGGCUGUCGCGCCCACCGCCUUCUCCCACCUGCCGAGGCUGCGAAAGCUCAUCCUGUCCGAUGCGCGGGAGCUGACCGAGUUCCCCAACCUGGAGGGCACAACGGCCCUGGAGAUCCUGCGGCUGGACAGGGCUGGACUCCAGGAGGUGCCCGCCUCACUCUGCUCCAUCUGUCCCAGGCUCCGCAGUCUGGAUGUGAGAUCGAACAAGCUGACCAGAAUUCCCGACCUCAGUGCCUGCAAGGACCUCAGGGUGCUGGACCUGUCUAGCAACCACAUCGCAUCACUGGAGGGCCAGCCCUUUCUUGGGCUGUCCCUACUGCACGACCUUCUGCUGGCGCACAACUCCAUCCCCAGGCUGCCCAAGGACGCCUUCGAGGGGUUGCCGCGUCUGCAGGUCCUGGACCUCGAGGACAACCGCAUCACCGACAUCCAUCCGGAGGCCUUCCUGCCGUUCACGCAGCUCGAGGACCUGAAUCUGGGCGAGAAUACGUUCCCCGUGCUGCCGACGGCCGGCCUGGAGCGGCUGCUGGUGCUGAAGGUGUUCAACAACCCCGAGCUGCGCGAGUUCCCGCCCCCGGAGCGGUUCCCGCGCGUGCAGCGGCUGAUGCUGGCCUACGCCUACCACUGCUGCGCCUUCCUGCCGCUGCUGCCACCCGAUCUGCCGCCCAAGCCUCCCCUCAAGGACGCCGUCAUCUUCCCAGAGGACUCAGAGUUCGACAUGAGCCUCUGGAACUCCAGCCUGACUGAUAUCUGGCCUCAGUUCCAAAAUCUGAGCAAGAAGUUCGGGCCUCAAGUGACAGACCUGUGGGAGAGCUUCGGGUCGGAUUUCACGUACCCGGGUAACCUACCGGCCUACGUCGAGGAGUACUUCGAGGAGAACGACGGCGGUCGAACUGUCGCAGCCGACCACGGCGCCGCGGACUUCGUGCGCUGUGUGCCCCUGCCAGGUCCAUUCCUGCCGUGCCAGGACCUGUUCGACUGGUGGACGCUGCGCUGCGGCGUGUGGGUGGUCUUCCUGCUGGCCAUGCUGGGUAACGGUACGGUCGUCUUUGUGCUCGUCUUCUCCAGGAGCAAGAUGGACGUGCCGCGCUUCCUCGUCUGCAACCUUGCCGCUGCCGACUUCUUCAUGGGCAUUUAUCUCGGGUUCCUGGCGGUGGUGGACGCGUCGACGCUGGGCGAGUUCCGGCGCUUCGCCAUCCCGUGGCAGAUGUCGGCCGGCUGCCAGCUGGCGGGCUUCCUGGGCGUGCUGUCGGCCGAGCUGAGCGUCUACACGCUGGCCGUGAUCACGCUCGAGCGCAACUACGCCAUCACGCACGCCAUGCACCUCAACAAGCGCCUCUCGCUGCGACACGCCGCCUACAUCAUGCUCUGCGGCUGGAUCUUCUCUCUCAUGAUGGCCGUGCUUCCACUCUUUGGCGUGUCGGACUACCGCAAGUUCGCGGUGUGCCUGCCGUUCGAGACGACGACGGGCCCCGCGAGCCUGGCCUACGUCGUGAUGCUGAUGCUAGUGAACGGCGUCGCCUUCCUCAUCCUGAUGGGCUGCUACCUCAAGAUGUACUGCGCCAUCCGCGGCUCGCAGGCCUGGAACUCCAACGACUCGCGCAUCGCCAAGCGCAUGGCGCUGCUCGUCUUCACCGACUUCAUCUGCUGGUCGCCCAUCGCCUUCUUCUCGCUCACCGCCGCCUUCGGGCUCGAGCUGGUUACUCUGGAACAAGCCAAGAUCUUCACGGUGUUCGUGCUGCCGCUGAACUCGUGCUGCAACCCGUUCCUGUACGCGAUCCUGACGAAGCAGUUCAAGAAGGACUGCGUGCUCAUCUGCAAGGCGAUCGAGGAGUCGCGCGUGACGCGCGGCAUCGGCCGCUGCCGCCACAGCUCCAACUUCAGCAACCGCCAGACGCCCGCCAACACCAACAGCCUCGCAGACCGCUCCUCCAGGGAGCAGCAGCAGCAACAACAACAGCAGCAACUGCAUCACCAGCACCAGCAGAUCGCCUGCGCCUGUGGAGGUAUGAAAGGCGGCCGGGGACGAUCUAGAGCGGGGGCGGCGGCGGCGUCGGACGGGAGGCGCUCGUGGGCGGCCGCGCUGCUGAUGCGGCUGUGGCGUCGCGAUGCCGCCUCCGGGGGCGGCGGUGGAGGCGGAGGGCGUCGCGGAGGCGGAGCUACGUCGCGCCCGGCGGCGGUGCACGGCAAGCGCAACGCGUCACUGUCCUCCAGCGAGAACUUCAGCUCGUCGCGGUCGGACUCGUGGCGGCAGGCGGGCCCGCCACACCAGUACGGCGUGCCGAUGGCGAUGCGGCUGCUCGAGCCCAAGAAGCGCGCCACGUCGUGGCUGGCGGCGCGCAAGCAGUCGCAGGACUCGACGCUGUCCAGCUCGCGCAACGACUCCUCCGGCUCGGCCAGCACCAGCACGUGGCGCGUCUCGCGCUCCAGCGACGCCACCUCCGCCACCGCCGCCGCCUCCCUGCCGCACGCCGCACCUGUCUCAGGGCUGGUGAACGCGCCCGCAGUUCCCGCGUCCCCAGCCACGUCGUCGGCGACGCCCACAUCGACGCCGCCGUCCGGUGGCACGCUUCCCGGCCCCACCCCCACCCCCGCCUCCGGGCGACCGCGGCCACGACUGACGCGCCAGGCGGCGGUGCAGCUGGACGACUUCCUGCCGCCCCCGAUGCCGCCGUCUCCUCCACCCCCGCCGCCCCCGGCGCCGGCACCGCCCCUCCCGCAGGUGCUGCCGCCGCCCCCGCGACUGCUGACCACCAUCCCGUCCUCUGGGGAGGCUGAGCUGCUGGAGGAGGAGGCGGAGGAGGAGGAGCGUGCCGCCCUGCUGCCUCCACAGACCGCGCUCACCACCGCCACCACAGCCACGAAACCCGCCACCACGCCCUGCUACGCCGUCCUCCAUACUGGGCCGCCACACACAACCAAGGUGGUGGUGACGACGACGCCGGACCCGCGGCUGUGCCCGCUGGGGCCGCCGCCGCGCAGCGCCUCCACGUCGUCGUCGUCUUCCUCGGCGUCGGCGUCGGCGUCGGCGUCGUCGGCGCGGCCGGCGCCCACGUCCUGAGCGGCGCGCCCCGCCCCCGCGCCUCCGCCUCCGCCUCCCGCCGCCCCCGUGGCGGGUGCCGCCGCCAGAUGGACCCUGCGGCCGGCGGUGCUCGCCCGCCCCCGCGCCUCCGCUUCCGGCCGCCCCCGUGGCCGGCGCCGCCCCGCUGCGCUGCCUGCCUGCCGACGCCGCCGCCCACAUCCCAGAUGGCCCCCGCGGCUAGCGCCCUGUCGUGAGCCGAAAGCCUCGUCCCCUCCGCCAGAGCCUUCAGCCGCCAAAACGUGACUCGCCUGAAGCCACUGGCCGCCACGUACCAUACAGACGACCCAGAAGGCGCCGGCUGCUGACCCACAUGAGGCCUCCAGAUACGUUAGGUACCUGGUCAGAGCAGCGCCACCCACCGACGAGACGCGUCCAGACCUUACCUACGGCCUCCUCCCACUAUCUCCGCCAGACGUCGUGAGAAGGUAGCGGGGAAUCCCCGAGAAGCCACAGCCAAGUGUCAUCUGCCAUGUGUCACCCGCACACAGAGGCACUUGAGUUUCCCACAAUCCAUCCUCGAUAUGUCUUCGUCCUCCUGUGGACUUGGUGUGCGUCAUCGUGAGACGUGGCGCAGACGUUGUGCAGGCAGGGCACUCGCUUAUCCUUGGAGUAUUUCAAGCGUCCUCCCUGCUGGAGCUGCCUAAAGACUGUCUCUCUGGGAAUCUGUGUACAUACUGUUUUGUCUGUUAAUGUUUAUGUUGGCAAUAAAAUUCAAAGUGUGUCUCACUUAA